AUGCCCAGGGGAAAGAACACUAGUGUGGCUGAGUCUUCUUCACAAAGACCGCUUCGUAACAGAACAGUGCCUGACAUGUUCAAAAAGCAAAAGGCUGCUGAUACAAGAAGAAGAAUCAUUCAACGAGACUCCAGUGAAGAUGAGGAUGAUGAAGCUGAAGAGGAUGAAUUGAACUCUUCUGAUAGUGAGUCUGACAGUGAUCAUGAUACAAGAACCACCAAGUCCAAGAGAAAGGCUACUGCUGCCCCCAGAAGAAAGGCGGCCAAAACAGUUCCCUCUGCCUUUCUUAACAACAGUAGUCAAUUGUUGAUUCCCGUAACGCAAGACUCAUCCACGCAAGAUAGCUUAUAUGAAAAGGCAUUGAUACCAGAAACUGAUAUGGAAGAUGUUGCUGAAGCUUGGGUCAAGCACUAUAAGGCACAUCAACUGGCUGCAUUGAGGGAUUUAAUCAACCUUGUCAUUCGCAGUUCUGGUUGUCCCAUGGCCAUCACUAUUGAUGCUAUUAACCAAGAAGAUGGCUCUUAUGACGCAUUGCAAGAACUGCAAGCAGAGCUUGUCAAGCUUCCGCCUACAGAAUAUCCCUUUGUCAGCAAUCUCAAGGAAUUCAAGACGUUGAAGCGCAACAUUCUGUUGUUCUUUUACCAAAUGAUUGAAAUGUGCCAACACCAAGCCAUCUACGACGGCGUGUUGAUUGAGACACUGCAAAACUGGCUGACCACCAUGUCCAGUUCCACCUACCGUCCUUUCCGUCACACGGCAACACUUGUCAGUCUUCGCAUCAUGGAUCAACUGUGUACGCUUGCUGAAAAGGCGCAAGAAACCUUAAACAACGCUAAACGACACUUGACAGCUGAAACCAAAAAGAAGAAGCCCACCAAAUCCAGAAUCACCACCCUGAAGCAAACCUGCGUAUUGGAGGAUCGCAAAUGCAAGGAUUUGCAAGAGUAUCUCACUGAAUUCUUUGACAAUAUCUUUGUUCAUCGUGCGCGUGAUGUAGAAUCUGUGAUUCGUCAUGAAUGUUUCAAGGAACUGUGCAACUGGAUGCUCAACUAUCAAAGCUUCUUUGUCAGCAACAACUACAUUCGCUUCUUUGGCUGGGCAUUCAACGACCAAAGUGCCAGUGUCCGUUCUGAAGCACUCAAAUCGCUCAUUAAGCUCUACAAGGUGGAAAGUAUCGCACCCAAAUUGAACAACUUUACACGUCGCUUCACAGGCCGUAUUGAGGAAAUGGCCCUGUACGAUGUGGAUGUCUCUGUCCGUAUCAGUGCUAUUCAGUUGUGUAGUGCUCUCUACAAGCAAAACAUCAACAUUCUCAGCGCAGAGGGCCGUAGUCAAUUGACCAACAUGAUUGCCUCUGAUGCUUCUCGUGUCCGCAAAUCAGCUGCACCGUUUGUCAAGACAUUGAUUGAAUCCAAUGUGAUUGCACCACUCGUUGCUCAGGUCACUCAGACAUUGACAGGCAAGAACGGUCGCCGUGCUGCCAGCACAACAGCAACACCUGUCAAUACAACGUGGGUUACUUUUAAGGCUAUUUCAGCAUUCCUGGUCGAGCAAACAGCCAGCAUCUUGGGCAAUGAAGACACAGAUGCUAUGCAGGUCGAUUUGGAGUCCAUGACCAGCACACUGGUCGAAAAACGUACGUUUAUCAUUACCAACAUCAUUGAAGCUCUCUGGGGACAAAUACCUCAGUUGCAAGACAUCAACGCCAUGACCGACUACUUGUACCGUGAUCAUUCGCAAUCUCAACAACAACAAAAUGACGACGAUGCCAUGGACACAGAAAGUAGUGUUGAAAUCGAAGAUUGCUACAGAUUGACUGAAGAUGAAGAGACGAUUCUGGUCAAUGUCUACGUUGCUUGCAUUCAAACUGCCAUGUCAAAGGGCUUGGACAAGAACCUGCCCGAAAGCAAAGACAGACGCAAGCUGGAUGACACUUUCUGGGACGAGAACAAGAACGAACUCUCUCGCCACUUGGUUCAAUCACUGCCCAAGUUAUUGCCCAAGCAUUUGGAAGACCCCAACCGCAUGACUCGACUCGCUACAUUGCCUACAUUAAUGAACCUGAACGUGUACAUGGAAUUGCGUGCUGAAAAGGAGUAUGAGCACUUACUGGAAACACUCAUCAGAGUCUAUCUUGGUGCCACCUCCACUGAACUCUUGAAGAAUUGCGCAGACUCCCUUCAACAUUUAUCAAAGAACACAAGUCUCAAUGAACUCAAUCAAACGCAUCUUGGUGAAUUGAAGGACGCAGUUGUUGACCAAGUCAGAGAAGCAUGCAAGGGCAAGGAUCUCGUCACCUGUAACUACACUCCCUCUCUGCUCCACUCCGUGUCUGUCAGCAUGCUUCGUUUGUCCUGCCUGACCAACUUUUGUGAUGCCACUACUGCCAUGGAAGACUCUCAGGGCACCAGCAUGAAUGUGCUCGAGUACGCUGGCGCAUUAGCUGAACGUGCUGCCUUUCUCAAGGAAGAAUCAGAGGAGAAAAUCAGUAUCUAUGCGCUUACUGUCCUCUCUCGCUACAUGAUGUGGAAGUGCCAAAACCUAGCUACUGCUAUUGACACCAACGAGCUUGGCCUUGUCAUUGAACGCCGUCGCGAUUGGGUGAUGGACAAAUACACUGAAAUUCUCAAGAGUGAUGAUGGCAACAUUUCGGUUAAAGUCCAAGUUACUGCCUUUGGUUAUUUGGUUGAUCUCUACUGGUUGUUCACUAGCGAUCUCUUUGAAAGCUACGGCUUGAACCGCUUGAAGACCAAGUGCCCUGCUGACCUCCAAGAGACAUCUGUUGAGCUUGUCAAGGAGCAAAUCAAAAAGGUCAAGCAAUGCUUGGAUGAUUACGAUGAAGACAUCAAAAAAACCAAAGACGUACUUGCCACUGAAAAGGGCCAUCUACACAAGCUCAUGACCAGCUUCUCUCGUGGUGUUCUUAUGGGCGUAUUUGACAUUCACUAUGCUACUUUUAUAUUGAACCAGUAUGGCACCACAGAUGCUAGUUUGGAUGAUGUUAUCAAGUCGUUGGUGGCUGAAUUCCAGUCUGACUUGAUUGCCAGCGAGGUUGCUGCUGACGGUAUUUGUAGAGCCUACCUUGAAGCUUUGAAGAAUUCAUUUGAUACCAAUGUCUCUGAAGCUGCUCGAUCUGUUGAUAAAACACUCAAAUUAGCUCGACUAGAAGCCAACUCAAUGAAGCGUGCCAAUUCACAAGACGUCGCUAGAAAAGUGCCUCCUCAAAUUGUCUGUGAGCGUAUUCAUCUCGAUGGUAUCACCUAUUGUCUGAGCAAAGCAGCGGAGGCAUAUAGAAAGAACAGAGAUGAUGAAAGAGACAAUGCCCUCAAAUUCUUCAAGGUACUCACUGUGUUUAGUACUGGCCUCACGCGUGCCCGCGAUGUGGCUAGAAUCCAUAAUCAUUUGGAGGACUCCUUACAACAAAAUGGAUUGUACGUGGAGGAAGGCAAGAAGGAAUGGGAGCAUUAUGUAGCCUACGUUCAAUCCAUUGAUCAAUUCUUGAAAAUCAAGGGUCUUCGAUAUGAUGCAACAAAGAGAGCAAAUAACCCUGAAACACCAGCAGCACAUGUGUUUAAUGAUGUUAAUUUGGGCAUGUUGGAUGAGCCUGAAGCAGAGUCUAAUCAAGAUACAAAUAAGCGUCCCUUGACAGAGGUAGAUAUGGACAUUGACGAAGACUCUGUACCCAAGAGAAGACGUUAA